AUGAAGGACCCCCGUCGCUCUGAGAUGAACGAACAGCGGGACAUUCAACUGUUUUCACUCUGUGCACUUUUCAUUUUCAAGCUAUUUGUUCUGCAAGAAUAUUGUGGGUGUCUUAAUGGGGGCUGGUGCCAGGAGGAAGGACGCUGUGAUUGUGCUCAGUUCCAGGGUCUCGGGGAUCGCUGUCAAAUCAUUCCCAACCAUGGUCAGGACAGGGAUGGGAUUUGCCGUUCAUGGGGUCAGCAUCAUUUUGAGACCUUUGAUGGGAUGUAUUACUACUUCCCUGGAACCUGUUCAUAUAUCCUGGCCAAAGACUGCCAUUCCACAGAGCCCCAGUAUACAGUGUGGGUUCAUAACAGUCGUUCAUGUAGAGCUUCAGUGUAUUCAUGUCCACGUGGUCUGACUCUGUUCUUCCCAAAUGAAGAGGAAAUCUAUAUCAGUGGUUAUCAGUCUCAGGAACACUCUUGCAUCCACUCAGUGGCUCUGGUGGUGGAUGAAGAUGCCAGCAGGCAGGUCACUCUCACCAGAGAGGGGGAAAUUGUUAUUGGGGCCAGUAUGGCUGUCAAUUUGCCUUACUCGGAUGAGCCUGAGAGAGGAGAUUGUCCCAAUGGAAAAGUCUACUAUAGCUGCAGUGGUCAGAGUGGGCGUGGAUCUUCAGGUGUGGGCGUGGCCUGUGAACUGACCUGUCGAAACCUGAUGCUGAACCUGACCUGCCCUCCCAUGACCCCAUGUGUACCAGGAUGUGGAUGUCCUGCUGGGCUAGUGGCUCAUAAUGGAGAAUGCUAUUACCCGGAGAACUGCCCUUGUGCAUGGCUCGGUCUAGAGUAUCUCCCUGGAGAGUCAGUGGACACUCCAUGCUACCGCUGUGUGUGUCAUCGUGGGUUCUUUAACUGCACAUAUUCACCGUGUCCAGCUGUGUGUACCAUUUACAGUGACCGUCAUUACCACACAUUUGAUGGCCUGGAGUAUGAUUAUGUCAGCGACUGCCAGGUUUACCUGGUCAAGAGUGUUGGUGAUCCGGAGGUGUCCAUCAUGGCUCAAAAUAAAGAUUGCUACGAAAGUGGGAUUGUUUGCAUGAAGUACCUGCUCAUCUAUGUUGGCCUCACUAAAAUCUACUUCAGUGACAACUCUGGUAAACCUGUGAGUACAAGACAUAACCCAUCUUCAUUUCAGCUGUGGGGUGCGGGAUACUACACUGUGGUCCACUUUCCUGCUCAAGAUCUGACCAUUUUAUGGGACCGCAAGACCACUGUCCAUAUUCGUGCUGGACCCCAGUGGAAGGGUCAAAUGAGUGGUUUGUGUGGAAACUUUGACAUGGUAACAGUAAAUGACAUGACCACAGCUGGACAUAUGGAGGUCAGUAACACACAGGCCUUUGGAGACAGCUGGGCUGUUGGACAGUGUGAGAGCGACUUUGUAGUUCGCAGACUGUGUGAAGGAGAUCUCAGUCGGCAGCCGUAUGCUAAGCGGGAGUGCGGCCUUCUCUACAGUGACGUAUUUGCUCCAUGUCACAAUGUGGUGGAUGUGACCUGGUUUUAUAAGAACUGUCUAACGGACACCUGCAACUGCAACCGUGGGGGUGACUGUGAAUGUCUGUGUACCAGUAUUGCAGCAUAUGCACACAAAUGCUGUCAAAAUGGUGUCACGGUGAACUGGAGAUCCCCCACCGUGUGUCCAUAUGACUGUGAAUAUUACAACCAAGAGCUGGGAGAGGGUCCGUUCACUCUGUCUAGUGCAGAGCAGAAUGACUCUGUGUGUGUGUUUGGGGCGAAUGUGAGCAGCGGUGAAGUGUUUCCCCUUCUGAGGACCAACGCUCAACCCAGCACCAUUUUCCACUUCAUGAUCACAACUGGACUAUACAAGGACCGAGCUUCCAAGCUGGGAGAGGGUCCGUUCACUCUGUCUAGUGCAGAGCAGAAUGACUCUGUGUGUGUGUUUGGGGCGAAUGUGAGCAGCGGUGAAGUGUUUCCCCUUCUGAGGACCAACGCUCAACCCAGCACCAUUUUCCACUUCAUGAUCACAACUGGACUAUACAAGGACCGAGCUUCCAGACUUCCUGUUGUCUCACUGGAGUCUGCAGAGAGGCCCAACUACUUUCUGUGUGUUACUGGGAACCGUGGGUUACGACUGGAACACUGGCAGCCUGGGGAAGAGUUCCGACGUAAGGUGACCUUCAUCCACCACCAGGGCCUGUGGUUACCUGGUCGAUCGUCCUUUGAGUUGUACAGUCAGAAGGGUGUCUUCCUCACUCUCUCUCAUACACACGCACAAGCUCAGAACUACGACCACUCAUAUACCUUCAAAAUCAGCAGCAGUUUUAUCAUUGAGGAGAGCAGUUUUGUGAUCCCCUACCGCUUGAUAUGUGAGUGGAAAUAUCAUGCAUGUGCCAGUCCAUGUGUGAAAACAUGCAACGACCCCGAUGCAACACGCUGCCAGUUUUUACCUCCGGUUGAAGGUUGUUUUCCACGCUGUCCCAAGUCUAUGCUGUUGGAUGAAGUGACCAGGCGGUGUGUUUACAAAGAAGACUGUGUGAUACUAUCUCCAACUCCGACUCCUUACAUGUUCGUGACCCGAUCAAACAGAACCACAGCGGCUCCGACCUCUGCUCCUAUAACCACAACUACAACCACAACAACUCCCUCCACCACAACGGCAACAGCAAGCACCGCUCCGAGCACAACUGCCAGUACUACAAUCAUAACUACACCUUUGGAAGCAGAGGAUUUAAUUGGCAGCCCAACUACACCCACAUUACCACCAACCACACUCUCUUCAACUUUGGCCACCACCACCUCCACUGAAACUCCCACAACUCCCUCUCCACCAACCACAGAACCCCCUCUAGUCAGCACUGCCCCGCCCACCACCACAGCCACGCCCACUACAGAGCCCAUAACAACACUUUUUACCACUUUAUCUACCUCAACCACAGAGGUGAUGACCACACCCGAGCCCACCACCGAACCAGAGACGACCUCUCCGACAACCACCAUCCCACCCGCUACAACCAGCACUGUUAUUACAACUGAGACCACAACUUCAGAACCGACUUCAACAACCAUCACCGCGGAGACAACAUCUGUCUCCACAGCAACCGAGGAGCCCUCGACUACUACAACAGCAGUACCAACAACCUCUGAGAUAAUGCCUUCACCCUCCCCUUCACCGGAGACAGCAGGAAUAACAACAGUGCUUACUCCGUUCCUUCUACCCACAGGGCCCUGCACUCCUCCAUAUUCAUUGCGUGUUGACGAGUGCAGUGAGUACAUCUGCUUUAAUGGACAGCUGAUGCUGCACAAUUCCUCUCAGCACUGCAGAUACAACAUCAGCCAGCCUCAGUGCAACCUGCUGGGGACCCCGAUCCAGACUAACACAGACCCCUGCUGCCCACUAUGGCAGUGCCCAUGUCGCUGCUCUAUAAUCUCUGACCUGCGUGUGAUCACGUUUGAUGGGAAUAAUGUGGCUCUGUAUGAUAUCGGUUCUUAUAUUCUGGUCCACCUGCCCAGAGAGAAAAUAGUCGGGCACAUUGAGAAAUGCCUAACCAGUGAGAGUGUGAACUACAUCAGAAGACCCACUCCCUCUGGUGGAACCUCUGGUCUGUGUUUUAAGAAGCUGAACAUUACAACUCAGUCCUACAGAAUUAUGGUCAACCGCUUGGACCGGAAGGUGUCGGUGAAUCAGAUUACGGCCCGGCUUCCUCUCACCAGACAGAACCUCCAUAUUGAUGACACCGGGACCAUGUACAUCAUUAAUACACCUGGUGGGAUCAACAUAAAGUGGUACCACAGCACUGGCAUCAUGGUCCUACAGUACACGGCUCCGGAUAACACCUCCACUAGGGGGCUCUGUGGAUGUUGUGAUGGUAAUCCAGCUGAUGACCUGCGGCUGCCCAACGGUACUGUGGUCCGGGAUGUUGAGGACAUCCCAGUGUUUCUGCACGGAUGGAUGGUGGAUACAUCAGAGGAUACAGAUUACUUCCGCAGAGUGGGAGACAACUGCACCACCGGCAACUGCUCCAAAUGUUUCACCAUGCUCAACCAGAGACCUUUCUCUAAAUGUCACCACAAGGUUUCUCCAGAACACUUCUGUGAUAAGAUAUGGGCUGGUGACCUACAUUAUAAAGAGCAUGAGUGUGACUUCCUGGCUGCUUAUGUGGCCAUUUGUUACACGCAUCAGAUCUGCUUCAGCUGGAGGAAAAGCAACUUCUGCCCACUCAAAUGUCCUCCUGGUAAAGAAUAUAAAGCCUGUGUGAAUACAUGUAAGACUCGAACAUGUCAAAACCGAGAUUACUACGAGGAGAGCACCUGUUCUUCUAUCAGAGAGGAGUGCGUGUGUAAAAGCGGCACCAUCCUGCACCGAGCAGACUCCGCCUUCUGUGUCACCGAGGACCAGUGCGUGUGUACGGAUAACGAUGGUGCUCCACGCGCCCCGGGUGAGGUGUGGAACGGCUCUCUGCGUGGCUGCUGUCUGUUCAAGUGUCUGGAGAAUGGUAGUGUGGUUCCUGUGGAACCCGAGUGCAGUUAUGAACCUGCCCCGCUGUGUGAGAGGGAGGGAGAGUAUGCAGUUGAUGUGCUGGAGGAAGGAGUCUGCUGUCCUAAGAAGAUUUGUGAAUGUAACCUCACCAUCUGUCAGAGUGAAGUGCCCAGCUGUGAGAAUGGAGACAAGCUGGUGAUUGGCUACAGCGCUCUGUCCUGCUGUCCCGAAUACAGAUGUGAAUGUGAUCCGCUGGCAUGCCAGAGUGUUCCUGCCCCGAUCUGCAGAGAAGAUCAAUUCCUGGUGGAGGUCAGAGGGGCACACGCUUGCUGCUACAGCUACAUGUGUGUGUGCGAGUCCUGUAUUGAACCUAUACCAGUGUGUCUGCCUGGAGAGAUACUGGCUGUGGAUGUGAACACCACUAAUCACUGCUGUCCACAGUAUCAUUGUGUGUGUGAUAUGAGUCUGUGUCCUGAGCCCAGUGUGAGUUGUGCUCCUGGAGCUGUGCUGGUGAAGAGACCCGUGCCGGAUAACUGCUGCCCUGAGACACACUGCGAAUGUCAGUGUCACAACGUUACACUUCCUGUCUGCACUGCGGGUGAAGUGAGAGUGGAGGAACCAGACCCCGACGGCCCGUGCGGAUGCCCACUGUAUCACUGCAAGAAGGCAGACGUCUGUCUGUUUCAGGGUGUGACGAUAUUGAACCCAGGCCAGUCUAUGGUGCAAUACUUUGAGGGGGAGCUGUGUUACACUGUUCAGUGCCUCACACAUAAAGACCCCAGCACUGGGUUCUAUGCCAUGGAGGUCACCACUGCCAACUGCUCUGAGAAGUGUGAACCUCAUCAGGUUUAUGUCCCAUCAUCUGAUCCACAUGUGUGCUGUGGCUCCUGCAAAAACAUCUCAUGCUCAUAUCCCAGUGAAAACGGGACUACAGAAGUAUUUAUGGCAGGAAGCUCAUGGGUGGCUAACUGCACACGCUUUGACUGUAUGGAGACUGCGGUAGGCGCAGUAGUUCUGGCCUCUGGAGUGGUCUGUCCUCCUUUCAAUGACACAGAAUGUAUUCAGAAUGGAGGCGUAGUUCAGACGUAUGUGGACGGUUGCUGUAAGACAUGUGCUGGACUUGGUUUGUUGCCUUUUUCCGUUAGUCCAGUAACACCCACUGCUAGUACUAACUGUGAUACAGGCAAAGAAGAUGGUAAAACCUGUAAGAGAGUCGCCAUCAGGACCACCAUCAGAAAAGAUGACUGUAGAAGUAACGCACCAGUGACUGUGUACUCAUGUGAUGGAAAAUGUCCAUCUGCCACCAUCUUCAACUUUAACAUUAACAGUCAUGCACGUUUCUGCAAGUGCUGCCGUGAGAACGGCCUCCAAAACCGUAUCAUUCAGCUGUACUGCACUCGAAAUGCCACUACGGUGGACUAUUACUACCAGGAGCCGAUGGACUGCUCAUGCCAGUGGAACUGAUUCCUUGCGGACUGUGUGCAGUAAAGUUAAGAUCUCAGUGAGAGCACUAGCUUGACGCAGACAGGCCCGACUUCGACUGCAUAUACAGUACAGUAUCUGUAAAACCGCAAACUACUAACACCAUCGCUGUAUCUGUUUGAUAUCUAUAAUUUAUAUGCAAGUACAGUAGAUUAAUCAAACAUUUAUUCGAAGAACAACAAACUGCUGUUAAAUUGGUGUAUUGUUUAGAUUUUAGUAUUAACAUUUGUUAAAUGAUGAAAUGACAUGGGGAAGAGUAUUAUUAGAAUCAAUAUUUAGUAUUUAACAUUUUAAAUACAUUUGAAAAUCUUAGCUUUUAACCAGAUGCUUUAUUUAAAUGGCAACUUUGUGCUUUUUCUAACAAAAAAUGCAUUUCUUAUUAAUUUUUUUUAAUUACAGAGAAAAUAAACAAGCCAGUCUCAAGCCCCGAGCACAUCAUGAUAAAGAUAUCUAUAACGAUAACUAUAAUAGCGUCCACACCGAUACACAUUUCAACAUUAUGUUUAUUAUAAGCACGCUUUGCAUUUUUGUCAUCUGCCAUCUAAAUGCUAAAACUCUUCAAAACAGCAUCAGAGUCUGACUGGCUGUCAAUCAAUGUUCUUAUCGUUCAUCAUUCUGCAACGAUGUUGUUUCUCUGUGCCGUUAGCGUUAUAGCUGUGGUGCGGAUUGUAGAACAAUUGUAUCGUUACAGUUAUCGUCCUUUGUGUAAACAGGCCUUUAAGUAGGCAUUUGAUAUUUAAAGAGAAAUCCCACACAGUUGCUUGACAGGCGCAUCCAUCACUCACUAGUUGUGUUGGCACUUUUAGUGUGCUCUGUCUGUGUCUAAGCUGUCUGUAAAAAACAUGACGUGAUGAACUUGAAUUUCCAUACUAUAGCCAUAAUGCCAAAAAUAUGAUUUCUGCUGCAAGUGAACUGAAUUGUAUAAGCUUAGCAUAUAGUAAACUACCUAUAAACCUGCA